AAGAACAAUAUUUACUUCAAAUUAUCAGAAAUCAGGAAAAAUAUUGAACAUAUUAUUACAUCACAUCGAUUUCUUGUAAUCGCAAUAUAAAACACUAUAAUGGGCAAUUGGAAACUCGAAGUCGGAAGGAUGGCGAUGUACAUGUCUUUUCCUGUGAUGUUGUUCCACUUUUUCAACCAACCAACUUAUUUCGAAGAAUGGGUGACAAAUACUAAGCGACAAAUCUUCCCACCAGAAAGCAAAACAGAUCGGGAGGACAUACAGCAGCUAAUCGCGGACAUGAGGAAAAAACAAAUGCAGGCAUUUGAGAAGGAAUGAACUUAGCAUACGGUUUAGGCUUAAUAUAAAUAUUAAACUGUAUUAUGCAUAUUAAAAAACGCCGUAAAGGAAAUUAAACACAUACAUUUAAACAUAACAAAAUAUUUAUUAAAACUUCAGUCUUGUUUUA